AUGCUUCUUGCUGUUCAACUCACCCUCGACGGCUUCGAGCAAACAGAAGAACAUAAUCACCGGUUUUUUCGAGAGGAAGUGGCUACAUACAGUUAUCUCGAAGGCCAGGCGACCAGAUUCUACUCUCACAUCUUCCCUUCGGAAGAGUGGAAUGUUCACUUCCAUCUCGAAUGGGAAGACACCAAUGAUGAUGAGUGCGGGGCUCCUCUACAGAUUGUGCUUUGGAACAGCGGCGCUUACUUCAAUGAUCAGUGGCUCGAUGAUGAUAUGUUAAAGGUUAAGGCACAUUUCGUGCCGAAGGAGGGAGAUCGUUCUAUGGAGCUCCAGGUUGGACUGGGAAAGCAUCAACCUGAGCAUACUUCACCGUAUCUUGCGAGAAUUCUGUAA